AUGGAGGUAGCGGCGGCGGUAGUGGCUCAAUUCGACAAGCUAAAACCCGGACAAAAGCCCCAAACACGCUCCAACGGCGACCAGGAAUGGACGGUACUUGCGGGAGUAUGUCUAGUGGAUGACCAAAACCAUACUGAGUGUAUUACCUUCGCUACGGGGGUCAAAGUGGUACCCGAACGGGCUCGCGACUAUAGCCAUGGUACCAUCGUUAUGGACAACCACGCCGAGAUGCUAGCUCUCCGAGCGUUCAAUUGGUGGAUUCUAAAGCAUAUCGACGAUGACAAAUACUUUGAGGCUAGUGAAAUUGCAGGGAAACGGCGGUUUAAGCUGAAAUACUCGGUACAGCUAUAUAUCAGCGAACCCCCUUGUGGCGAUGCCCUGAUGAGCUAUAUUGCUCAAGACCAACCGGCCUGGAAGCGACGCAAAGUCAGUGAGGACCACGAUAGGUCUGAGGACGCUACUGGGGGUGUGGCGCGAGGACGAGCUCAGUUUGAUGAAUUGGGUGUAGUCCGCACCAAACCCGGUCGAGCCGACUCGUUGUUAUCGUUAUCGAAACUGUGUUCGGAUAAGCUUGCUUUGAAACAAGUUUUGGGUGUAAUAAAUUCAAUGGUGUCCUCAGUGGUGGAGCCUAUAUGGCUCGAGGCGAUGGUGGUACCCGAGUCAAAAUACGUCGAGCAAGACUUUGACCGGUGCUUCAAUCGAAUUGACGGACACCGAAUCAAAGUGAUGACUACCGAUAGUGAAUUUAGUUACGGCAAACACCCCGAUAAAGUGGCGGCUGCCAACGGUGUAGUGGGGGUGGUGGGGGGUCCCAUCGAGACGCUAGUGCACGGAGUCAAACUUGGCAGCUACAAGAAAAACCGGGCGCCGAACCCGAAAGGCCAGUCGAAAUUUUGCAACUGGCAGAUGUGGCAAACCUACGGAGAAAGAAUUUCACGAGACAAUCCCACUAAAGCCCAAAACUACUGUGAGUUCAAGGAAAGCCAAAUCGAACGGCAACGGCUUAAGGCUCACGUGCAGAAGCAAUUGGGCCGGUGGGUACGCACCGGAUCGGACGAUUUCCCCUUAAUGGGCACAAAACUGGCGACAAUGAAGUGA